ACGCCGACACACGCCGCCGCCGCCGCCGGACUCGUGUACCAUUUCCGAGCGCCAGAAGCACCACGAAAACGGCGUCUACCUCGCGGCCCGUAGAGAGUACUAUGUCGGUGCGCCGCACGAAUCUCGUGUCGAAAUAGUGCCGAGCGGGUAUUACCUAUCUCUGCACACCGUGGCUGCCAUGCCGCGGCCCAGUCUGCUUCGUUGGCGGCAAUUCGCAUUAUUUGCCUACUUGUUUACAACAGUAUCGGCGCAAUGGAAUCCAACUUGGAAGGAUUCAAAUCAAACGAAUUUAAAUGAUCCAUAUUCUGGAGAUCAAGAAGUAAAACGAUAUACUGGUGACAAUAGAUAUGCCAUUUCAAACCAGAGAGGCAACUCUACAAAUUGUACACCAAAAUGUUUCGCGGAAAAAGGAAGCCGAGGACCACCGGGCUCAACUGGUUCACCAGGUCCUCAAGGAAUACAAGGAUAUCAAGGACUUGAAGGUCUUCCAGGUCCAGUUGGUGAUAAAGGAGAUAUCGGUCCCAUAGGGGUACGAGGACCAAAAGGAGACAGGGGCAAAACGGGCAUUCCAGGUUUCCCAGGUGUAAGUGGAAUACCUGGACAAAUGGGCCCGCAAGGAAUACCGGGUAUCCCUGGUUUAGACGGAUGUAAUGGAACAGAUGGAAAUCCAGGCCUUCCGGGAUCAUCAGGAGCUAUUGGACCUCGUGGGUACCAAGGAAUAACCGGUGAAAAAGGUCUAAAAGGAGAACCUGCCCAAACAUCGAUACACAACAAAGGUCAAAAAGGAGAGCCUGGUUUGGAUGGAGAUCGAGGAUCACCUGGAAAUCCCGGAAUCCAAGGGAUUCAAGGUCCUGUUGGACUAAUAGGAGAAAUUGGAAUAAAAGGAAAUCAUGGAGUUCAAGGCCUAAAAGGAGAAAAGGGAAAUAUGGGUCUUGGGUUUGAAGGUCUUAAAGGAGAAAAAGGUCAUAAAGGGGAACGUGGACCACCAGGACCACCUUUGCCAACCUCAUUUCGUUUUGAUAACAACAAUACAACAGUUGGACCAACUGGUGAACCUGGUCAAAAAGGAAAUGCGGGUGAAGAUGGCGAGCCUGGAAUGAAAGGAGAACCAGGAAUGAUUGGUGAUCCAGGAAACCCAGGUGAUGUUGGUGAAAAAGGAGAAAAGGGCUUAGUCGGAACUGCAGGACCAAGAGGUCGUGAUGGCAACCAUGGACCUGCAGGACCUGCAGGACAAAAAGGUGAUCGAGGAAUCGAUGGCUUGAAUGGAUUACCAGGACGAUCAGGGCUUAAAGGCGAACCAGGAUUGGAUGGUGCUCCAGGAGCAGCUGGGUUGCGAGGACCUCAAGGACAACCAGGGGGUGGAAAAGGCAGACCUGGUCUGCCUGGACCUCAAGGACCGCGAGGAUACCCUGGACCUACAGGUCCAAAAGGUUUAGACGGUAUUGACGGCCAACCUGGUCUUCCCGGUCCAAAAGGAAAUAUUGGAGGUCAAGGAGUGCCAGGAUAUAUAGGCCUAGAAGGUUUACAAGGAGAAAAAGGAACAAAAGGAGAACCAGGACUUACAGGUUUACCCGGAGAAUCUGGUCAAAGAGGUUUUGCUGGCGCACAAGGCCCACCUGGACCUCGAGGAUUUGUUGGGGAAAAGGGUGCUUCAAUUAUCGGACCUAAAGGAUUUGAUGGAGUUGAUGGAAGAGAUGGGGAAAAAGGACUUAAAGGAGAACGUGGUUAUCAGGGUGAACGAGGGUCUCCAGGUGAUUCGCCAACUGGUAUUGCUGGACUGCCAGGUGUUAAGGGUGCUACUGGGGAGAAAGGUGAUGAUGGCAGACCAGGGAUUCCAGGAAUUCCAGGUCGAGAUGGGCCAAAAGGUGAAAUAGGUGGACGCUGUCAAGGCUGUAGUCCGGGAGAGAAAGGUACUAAAGGUGAACCUGGAUUAUAUGGAACUCCAGGGUUGAAGGGACCACGAGGGCCACCAGGUGAAAUAGGAUAUCCGGGUGAGCCAGGCGCUGAUGGAUUAAUCGGACAAACUGGUGAACCUGGUGCUGCUGGAGUAGAUGGUGCACAGGGUGAAGUUGGUCCGCCAGGUGAAAAAGGCGCAAAUGCAAUGAUACCUGAUAGUUGGUCAUAUACUCAAAAAGGAGAACCUGGUCCUCGUGGAGAUCCUGGAAGGGAUGGCUUACGAGGAGCAGAUGGACUAAACGGGCCUGAGGGAAAACCAGGUAUAGAUGGAUUACCUGGAAUUAAUGGAGAAAAAGGUGAUAGAGGAUUCCCAGGUUCUGAUGGUAUACCAGGACAACCAGGAUAUCUCGGAUCCAAAGGAGAAAAAGGAAUUAGCAUUAAAGGAGAACAAGGAACCCUCGGAAGACCUGGAUUGAGAGGAGAUAAAGGAGAGCCCGGAUUAACGGGACAAAAAGGAACUCCUGGUAAUUGCGAAAUCAUGAAUAUUGGGAAAAUCCAAAAGGGUGAACCUGGAAGUCAAGGAGAGAAAGGUGAACCUGGUACACCAGGUAUUGAUGGUUACCCGGGAGAAAAGGGAUCAAUAGGACCAACUGGCCUAAACGGACCAGUAGGACCAAGAGGAAUUCCAGGUCUUGUGGGCCCCAGAGGACAGCCGGGUAUUCGCGGAGAAAAAGGAAAUACUGGACCAAUGGGUUUCCUUGGUGAAGUUGGACGUGAUGGAGAAAGAGGAUAUCCAGGAUUAUCUUCACCUAAAGGCGUCAAAGGCGAACCCGGUAUACCUAUAGUUGGACCAAAGGGUUCAGAAGGAUUUCCAGGCGAAAAGGGCGAGAGAGGUUUGCAAGGGCCAUUUGGAAGACCAGGACAGUCCGGUGAACCGGGAACUCCUGGAUCACCUGGUGAAAAAGGAAUUCAAGGUGAACCUGGUUUAGAAGGAUUGACUGGACAGUCGGGAACUAAGGGUGAACCCGGCCCUGUUGGACCAAGUGGACCCCCUGGUAAUGAUGGCCUACCUGGCAUAGAUGGUCCAAAAGGUGAAACUGGAUUACCUGGUGAACCAGGUAGACAAGGACUGCAAGGAUUCCCUGGGCCAAAAGGUGAUACCGGACCAACGGGUCCAGAAGGUCCUAAAGGAUUUUCAGGAUUCAGAGGAAUGCCAGGAGCAUUCGGAAAACCUGGAAUCGAUGGAAUGCCAGGAGACAAGGGUGAUAAAGGAGAUACUGGAUUACCUGGAAUCAGUGGGCCACCAGGAGAAGAUGGUUUGCCAGGACCACAAGGAUAUAGAGGUGAAAAAGGGGAUAUAGGUUUCCCUGGACCCCCGGGUGAAACUGGAUUACGUGGUUUGCCAGGUCCUAUGGGUGAUCGAGGUCCUUUAGGAUUACAGGGUUUAAAAGGAGAACCCGGUCCAGUAUCAGAAAAGGGACAGAAAGGAGAGCCUGGUGAAUCCGGUCUCAGAGGAGCACAAGGACAACCAGGAAUGGAUGGUUUACCCGGAAUGAAGGGAGACAUUGGAUUCCCAGGUAUUGGAUUACAAGGAUGGUCAGGACAAAAGGGAGAACCUGGUACCCCUGCAUAUGACGGACGGCCUGGAAAUGAUGGUGAAAAAGGAGUUGCUGGAGUUGCUGGUGUUCCAGGAAUGAAAGGUGACACGGGACCUCGAGGAGUCCCAGGAACACCAGGGCCUCCAGGAAUGGAUGCUUUAGAUGGAAUGAAAGGCAGUGCGGGUUACCCAGGAAUUCCUGGACAAGAAGGUGAAAAGGGUGACAUUGGGUACCCCGGAAUACCAGGAUUAGACGGAGAGAAAGGAGAACGAGGUUUACCAGGAUUAAUUGGACAAAAUGGAUUAAAAGGGCCCAUGGGAGAUAAAGGUGAUCGAGGAUUACCAGGUCCUGCAGUUGAUAUUAAAGGAGAUAAAGGUGAACCAGGGCCACCAGGUUUUCCAGGAAUGCCUGGUUCAGCAGGACCCGUUGGACUUAAUGGACCACCUGGAAUUGAAGGAGAAAAAGGUGACAUGGGAGUACCAGGUGCAACUGGUUAUCCGGGUCCUUCAGGUCCAAGAGGCGAAAAAGGUAAUGUUGGUCCUCAAGGACUGUCAGGCAUUCCCGGAACAACAGUCAAAGGAGAAAAGGGAUUACCAGGAUUAUUGGGUAAACAUGGCAGAGAUGGACUUUCUGGCUUAUCAGGAGAGAAAGGUGAUAAAGGACUACCAGGAUUACCAGGAUUGCCUGGUUCUGUGGGACCAGUUGGUUUCCCCGGUUCACCAGGUGAUGUUGGAGCGAUUGGACCACCAGGUUUCCCUGGAUCUCCAGGAUCAGAUGGAUUUCCGGGUAUACCAGGAAAAGAUGGCCCGCCAGGAUUAAUGGGAUUCAAAGGAGAACCAGGAAACCCUGCACCUUAUGGUGAAAAAGGAGAUAAGGGUGAUGUAGGUUUUUCAGGGGAACCAGGUUAUCCUGGAUCUAAAGGUGAUAAAGGAGAUAGAGGUUAUCCAGGACUUGAAGGAAUGCAAGGUGUACAAGGUUUACCAGGUGACAAAGGAAUGAUUGGAGUUCCAGGAAAAUUAGGUAUGCCUGGAAUCUCUGGAAUCAAAGGUGAUAAAGGUGAACCAGGUUUGGCACCUCCACCGGGAUCCAAAGGAGAACGUGGAUUACCUGGACCUGUUGGUUGGCCAGGUGAAAAGGGAGAUCCUGGCAAUGACGGACUUCCUGGCUUAGACGGAUUAAAAGGAAAUAUGGGUGUUCCUGGUUUGAAUGGUCCAGUUGGUCCUCCUGGUUCAGAAGGUGAAAAGGGUGAACCAGGAGUAGAAGGGUCUCCAGGCUUACAGGGACAACCAGGUUUACGAGGAAACGAUGGAGUUCCUGGUAAAGCUUGUGAAUCAGAACCAAAUUAUUCAACUGGAAUUUUACUGGUAAAACAUAGUCAGAGUUCUUCGAUACCUCAAUGUGAACCAAACCACGCACAACUCUGGGAUGGAUUUAGUUUGUUAUACAUUGAAGGCAAUGAAAAAUCCCACAAUCAAGAUUUAGGAUUUGCUGGUUCUUGUAUCCGGAAGUUCUCCACCAUGCCAUUCUUGUUCUGUGACUUUAACAACGUAUGCAACUAUGCCAGUAGAAACGACAAGUCGUAUUGGCUCAGCACUAAUGCACCGUUACCGAUGAUGCCAGUUGAAGAAAGCGAUAUUCAAAAAUACAUUUCUAGAUGUGUCGUAUGCGAGGCUCCUGCCAACGUGAUUGCUGUACACAGUCAGGCGUCAACGAUUCCUGACUGUCCUAAUGGUUGGGAAGGUCUGUGGAUUGGAUACAGUUUUGUGAUGCACACGGCCGCGGGUGCGGAAGGUGGCGGUCAAUCACUAGCCAGUCCUGGUUCGUGUCUGGAAGACUUUAGGGCAACGCCAUUCAUCGAGUGUAACGGGGCGCGAGGAACGUGUCAUUAUUUCGCAAACACUAUGAGUUUUUGGAUGGCCACCAUCGACCCUGAUGAACAGUUCACGAGCCCCAAGAGGCAAACGUUGAAGAAGGACGAUAGUCGUACUCGCAUUAGUAGAUGUCAAGUGUGCAUACGAACAACAUAGAACAACGAUGUCUUAAAGAUACACGAAACGGAUCAUAAUAUGAUCAUAUAUUAUAAUAUUUUUAAUUUUUGAUAAUUUCGAUGUAUACAUUUUUAUGAUUAUUAUUUAUAUUAUUAUUAUUUUUAUUAUUAUAAUUAUUACUACUAUAUUCACCAGUAGGUUAGGCACCUAAGUCGCUGUUGUAUUAUUUCCAAGCAUUCGUUGUGUUCAUUAAUAAUACAUUUAAAUCGAAUUGAGUUCUUAAUAUUUUUAAAAUAAUAUAAAUAUAUAUAUUAAAUGUA